AUCUCAUUCUCUCGCUCACUCAUAAAACUCACAACUCACUCUAUCCUCAAUCAACCAAAGGAUAACACACACAAAAAAAAAACCAAGAAUCUUCAUCAUGGCCUCAGUAACCUCAGCCACCGUCGCAAUCCCAUCGUUCACCGGUCUCAAAUCCACAAUCUCCAAACCCUCCGCCGUCGUCAGACUCCCCACCACAGCAUCACGGAACCUCACCGUGAAGGCAUCUCUCAAGGACUUCGGAGUCGCGGCUGUUGCAGCUGCAGCUUCCAUCGCUUUGGCUGGAAACGCCAUGGCCAUCGAUGUUCUCUUGGGAUCAGGAGAUGGAGCGUUGGCUUUCGUUCCCAACGAGUUCACAAUAGCCAAAGGAGAGAAGAUUGUGUUCAAGAACAAUGCUGGAUUCCCACACAACGUUGUGUUCGAUGAGGACGAGAUCCCAAGCGGUGUCGACGCGAGCAAGAUCUCCAUGGACGAGCAAGAUCUACUCAACGCUGCGGGAGAGACCUACGAGGUUGCUUUGACUGAGCCUGGGACCUACAGCUUCUACUGUGCGCCUCAUCAGGGUGCUGGUAUGGUCGGUAAAGUCACUGUUAACUAAUAAAAUUGUGAGUGUAGAAGUGAAAGAGUGUCUCUGAUUCAUGUAGAGGCUUUUCUUUCAGUCUUACUUACAUAAGGUGUUUUGUACUUCUAAAGAGUGUUGGAAUCAAAUGGACAUUGAUUUGUUAUAAUGAGAGUACUGGUUCCAUGAAUGAAUUGUCUUGGUUUAUAAAUUA